UUUCUCACCUGUGGUGUUCGUCCCCUCUCACCACCGCAGAAACUGAUUACGCCCCUACCUGGACGAUGGCUGAUCACUUUGCUCCGGGGAGGGAUGGAGGAGGAAGAGGAGUGGAUAAAGGAAGCAGUUGGCGUCCGAUGAAUAAUUAUGGAAGAGACCCUCAAUUUGAUCGGCAGGAUCAAGGAUAUCAAGCUCGUCCUCGGCCCCCCUUCAGAAAUUAUCCAGGUAACCAAUUCUAGAACCAUCUUGGGAGGUAUGGGUAUAGUAGUUGGAAUCAUGAAGGGGGAGGCAAGGACACACUUCAUUUCCAACAUCGGCCGCGCCUUCAGAUUAACUUGCCUCCAAUUGUCAGUAAAUAUCAGCAGAAGAGCACUGCAGUCACAAACAGUGGAGGAGGAGGAGGUAGCGAAGUUUAGACUUCCAAAGCAAAUUCUCCAGGUGCUACUUUGACUGGAAACCAAGGAUCUGUUUGGGGUUCUGAGAGCAAGAUGCUAGGGAUGACAAGAUCAUAUGCCAUAAGUGUGGAGAGAAAGGGCAUAAUUCUAAGGGCUGUGAGGCAAAGGUUAAGUGCUCCAUAUGCACAAAAGAUACACAUGUCUCUGAGUUUUGCACUUGGCUUCAUCAGAAAAAACCAGUGGCUUCCCUGGUUGGUUUUGGUGGGGAGGGACUUGGCAUUUUUGUGGCUGAGCAUGCAAAAGAUGUAGGUGGAAACAACAACGGAGAUGUUGUUGCUUUAGUCAGAUUGAGGGAAGGUUGCAAUCUGGAAAUAGAUGCAGUUAUUUUGACAAAGAUUCUGGCAAAAACUUACCCCUGGAGAUGGGAUUGGAAAAAAAGGGUCUCUGAUGGGGUCUUUCUGGUAAAUUUUUCAUCUGCUGCAAGGAUUAAUGAGGCUGCCAUAUAUGAUUGGGUUCCUUUGAAAGGGGGAAACAUCUUGGUCAAUGUGAAAAUCUGGAAUGAUGAUGCAAUGGCUGUUGGCAAGCUAUCUGUGGUGUGGGUUAGAGCAAAAGGUGUCCCAAAGACAAUGAAGAACUAUCAUGGAUUAUGUGAGAUCGGGUCUAUGAUUGGAUACACACAAGCUGUAGACAUGGAUUUAGUGAACAGAAGUGGUUUGGUCAGUUGAAGAUUGUUGUGAUGGAUCAUACAGGAAUACCUAGAUGGACUAAGUUGACAACUCCUAAUCUCAUGGUGUAUAGAAUUUUCUUUGAGGUGGAGGAAGUUUUGGAUGAAGUUUGGGCCAAGAAUGAGGAUGAACUGUCUCAAGGAUAUGAAGAAUGGAUGGACUUUCAACAUGGAGAGGAAGAGAGAAGAGAUUCCAAAAAAGCUAAGACAGGGGAAGAUGGUACUAACACAAUUUGUGCAAGCAUCAGAACCAUAAUUGCUUUGAAGGAUAGGGAUGUUGCACUUAAAGAACAAGAAGUUGUUGAUAAAGUACUAUAUACUAGAAAUCAAGACACUGACAAGAUGAAAGAGAGGGAUGAAGGAACAAGAUCCACUUCAGUCAAUGGGGAGGGAGAGAAAAAGAAUGAAAAUGAGACACAUAACAUAACUACGGAUAGAAAUCCAGAGGGAGGGGGUGAAGCAUCUCAGUCAGUCGGCUUGGGGACUAAACUGGGAAUUGAGUAUCAGGAAGAUGUGGUGAUGGAAAACAAAGAUGGUUAUGAACCAAAUCAAGGUUGUCCAAGAUACAGUGGGAGAAUUGCUUCAAAGAACAGAGAUGGCACCCCUAUUUUAGACAGAGCUAUGACUUUGGCCAGGGCAAAAAAUUUGGCUCUUUCUGAAGGUGAGGGAGGACGAAAAGGUGGAGCUGCAACAGGGUGCAAAGCUGCUGGAAUGAGUCGUCGAUGAGAUUUUCCAAGCACGAAGAGGGUGGGCGACCUGGAUACCGAGGAUGGGGAGAUGAAGAAUACAGACAGAAAAGAUGAGACGGUGAGAAAGGAAAAAAUAAGACUUUUGAUGUUUAAGUCCUGAUUGAGUAGGAGGAAAAAAUAGUGCGAUGAGUGGGGGUUUGUGCAGAAUGAGUUGUUCGUUGUUUUAAUGGUAAACUAGCUGGUCUGCUUCCGGCUUCCUAGAGGUGGUGUUUGUGUUAUGG